GGGAGUCGGGCAGUGCUCUGAUGCCACGCUCUCCCCCACACCUAACUCCACUCGGACGCUUGGCCCUCCCUCCCUCCUGGCACUUGGACAGUCUGCUAAGCCGCUGGACAGAGGGACCAAGCUUUAGGAGGAGCGAGGACCGGAGCAGAUGGCACGGGAACCUGUUGGUGGCUAAACUUUUUCCUUUUUUCUUUUCCCCCUUUCCCUCCCUGCCGCUGUAGCUUCUGCUCCGGAGCCGGAGGACGGGAUGUCUUCCGACGAAGGCUCCGCGAUCCGGCCCUUCAAGCUGAUUGCCCUGUUCUGCAUCUCCAUCGCUCUGUCCUUAGACGUGGUGGCCCUCCUGAGUCCGGCCUGGGUCACCUCGGACCGCUACUCCCUGUCCCUCUGGGAGGCCUGCAAACAGUCCACAGAUGUGUGGCACUGUCUGUCCACCUUAAAGACAGACUGGCAAGUGGCCACUCUGGUGUUGAUCCUGGCGGCAUCCACCAUCACCCUGCUGGCAUUCCUCAUCUCCUUGAUCUCCUUCUGCUUGGGGACUUACAGGCGCUAUUAUCGAGUUGUUGCCGUCUUCCUCUUCGGUGCAGUAGUCCUGCAGGUCUGCGCCUUAAUCCUCUACCCGAUCAAAUUCAUCGACAGCAGCAUGCUGAAAUCCUACCAUGAGUUCAACUGGGGCUACGGCCUGGGCUGGGGAUCUGCCAUUUUCAUGCUCGGUGGGGCCAUUCUCUACUGCUUGCGCACAGACAUUUAUGAGGACGCCUAUUACUAGCAGAUCCUUUGGCCGGAGCGAACGAUUUUGGGUUCCAGGACUGUUACGGGCAUGAUGGGGGGAAGUGGAGGGCAGAAAGGCGAGUUCUCGGGGGGCCUUGAGGGCAAGUAAUGUGCCUACCAAAACUGUCUUAUUGCAUUCUCCCAAGCGCUUAGUUCAGUGCUCCGCACACAGUACGCAGUCAAUAAAUACGAUUGAUUGAUUCAGAAUUGGAAGCGUUCCAAUUGCGCAAAGAUUACGGGCCUUGGAGUCAGAAGACCUGGGUUCUAUUUCCGGCUCUGCCACCUGUCCCCUGUGUGGCCUUGGGCAAGUC